CGCUCCCUCCGUUUGCGCAUGCGUACUCAAACAAAUCCAUUACCAUGUCAAACCACAGAAAUGAAACUGAACAGAACUACCUGAGGAAGUGUUGAACGAGCAGUUGGGAUCGCUGGAGUGGCGCUCAGGUGCUUGUUAAACAACAAGCCACAACAACAACAACAACAACAACAUGUUUGGUAAAAAGAAGAGAGCACCGCAGCCGAGAGGCCAGGGCGCUGCUGCAGCCAAGCAGAUGGGUCUGUUUGUAGACCUGGACCCUGAGGAGAUGAUGAUGGGUAUGGAGGGGAAUCUGGACGACCCGGACUUGGAGGAUGAACUUGCUGCAAUCACUGGAAAUAGAGCUGCUGCUGCUGGAGGAAGAGCCAAACCGAAAGGGAAAAGCCCCCUGCCCAUGGAAGACAUCGCAAGAAUGGCUGACGAGUGUAUGAGGGAUGAGGAUGAGGAUGAGGAUGACAGUAACCCGGAGGACGAUGAAGAUCUACUGGCAGAGCUACAGGAAGUGGUGGGUGAAGGGGAAGCUGAGAAUGCUCUAACUGUUUCCCCCACAUCCUCCCCCACUGCUGAAUCUCCUCAAGCUGAAAAACCAAAGUCCCCACUGACGCAGCAGCAGGAAGUAAAGGUCUCCUCAGCAGCUCCCGGCAGUCUCCAACACACCCUGGAGGAGAGAAUUAUCAUGUACAAGACGGCCUUACAAAACGCUAAAACUGCAGGGGAUACCUCCAAAGCCAGGAGAUACGAUCGUGGCCUGAAGACUCUGGAGACAAUGUUAGCUGCUGUUAAAAAAGGGAGACCUGUGAACGAGGCAGAGAUCCCUACUCCUGUUGCCACUGGAGCUCCGAGUUCUGCCUCUAAUCCUGCUGUUCCCCGUCGACCUCCUCCCCCUGUACCCUCGCCUUCUGAACCCACUCCUUCAGAUCAGCAGGGGGAGGCGGAGGCCACGAUGCCACCGCCACCUGCUGUACCAGAGAUCCUCACCCCCAGCAGUGAGGAGGAGCAGUCGUCCUCUGCCAGGCUGCCGCCUCUGAGCACUGUCCCAUCUCCACAGGAGCAGACAAAGGAACCUGCAGACCGGCCUCAGACCAGUCUGACAGAUGUGAACAAGGCAACCAAGACGUUGCUCUUGGAGAGGCAGAAAGAAUACAAGAUGGCAGCACUGAGAGCCAAGAAGCAGGGAGAUGCUGAGCAAGCUACGGUUUACUUCAAGACCAGCAAGAGGUUCGAUGCGGUGAUUGAGGCGUUGGAGAAAGGACAAGCAGUCGACCUGAGUGGCCUUCCUCCAUCUCCAGGACAGGGAGGAGGCUCUGCUCCAGUGAAAGAACCUUCUUCUGGGCAAAACAUAGAAGUCACCCAACUGGUUACAGCAGCUCCAGCCCCAGCAGCUCCCAAAGACGUGCUGGAGGCUCUCGAGCAGAGAAGAGCCAAGUAUGCAGAGGCGUCCAAUCAGGCUACAGCUGGUGGAGAUGACCGCAAGGCCCGAAUGCAUGACCGUAUCGCCAAGCAAUACCAGAGUGCCAUCCGAGCUCACAAAGCAGGAAAAGCGGUCAACUUUGAGGAGCUACCGGUUCCCCCUGGUUUUCCUCCAAUCCCGGGCCAGAAGGCGUCCGGAGCGGAGCAGGGAUUCGUUGCUGCUCUGGAGGCAGCCAAUAAGCUUGCCUCCACUGAUGCUUCCCAAAUAGCAGAUGAAGAAGAAGAUGAGGAGAAGGAGGAGGAGUCUAAGCCUGCUGUUCCAGAAGAGCCGAAGAAGCCCAUGUUAGAUUUCUCCACUGCAGCGCAAGACCGGAAAAGAACUCCGUCGGUUUCACCUGACAGAACCGCUUCCAGGGAAGGACUCUCACCAACAGCGGGUCAGCAGCUGGAGUUUCUGGAGGGCAGGAAGAAGAUGUACAUGAAGGCAGCUCUGCAGGCAAAGCAGAAGAACGACAUGGAGCAGGCCAAGAUUUUCCUCCGCACCGCCAAGGGCUUCGAGCCCCUGAUCGAGGCAGCACGCAGCGGCAAGACUGUGGACAUCAGCACAGUGCCGUCGCCCCCUGGUGACGAAGACGAUGACUUCAUCCUGGUUCAUCACAGCGACGUGCAGAUCUCCGAGAAAGCAGAGCAGCUUUACACACAACUGGCCAAGAUCCUAAAAGAGCAGUACGAGAAAUGUAUGACUCACUCCAAGCAGUUCACACAUCUGGGGAACGUCACAGAAACAACAAAGUUUGAGAAGAUGGCGGAGAGUUGUAAGAAGAGUCUGGAGGUCCUGAAGCUGGCUCAGUCGAGAAGUCUUCCUCCUCCUAAACAUCACUUUGAGGAGAGGUCGUUUCAAACUGUCAGGAUAUUUCCAGACCUGAGCAGCACUGACAUGGUUGUUAUCAUUGUCAAAGGGAUGAAUCUUCCUGCUCCGAGUGGAAUCCAAACAAAUGAUCUGGAUGCAUACGUCAAGUUCGACUUCCCUUACCCCAGCACGGAGCAGCCGCAGAAACACAAAACAGCUGUCAUCAAGAACACUAACUCCCCGGAAUAUAACCAGAGCUUUACCCUGUCAAUCAACCGUAACCACCGCGGCUUCAGGAGGGUGGUGACGUCUAAAGGCCUCAAACUGGAGCUGCUGCACAAAGGCGGUUUCUUGCGGAGCGACAAGCCGAUCGGGACGGCCCUUGUAAAGCUGGAAAAACUGGAGGCCCAGAGUGAAAUCAGGGAGAUCGUAGAGGUGAUGGACGGUCGUAAGGCCACAGGAGGGCGUGUUGAAGUGAAGAUCCGUCUGCGGGAGCCUCUGAGCGGACAGGACAUGCAGAAGAGCACCGAGCGCUGGCUGGUGAUCGACCAGUCACAGGUUCUUGUUUAGAUGCUGCUGCAAGAUUAAAGAUGAUUCACAACAUAAAGCAGAUUAAAGGCACUCAAUCAACAACGCUCGGAGGAGGACGGAGUUUGGGAUGUGAUGAGGACGGUCUGUUGUUCAGAGUGGACUUAACUACACGGGUCUUUGACUUGGUAAAACUUUUGCACAUUUGCAAGACACAAGAGCUCCCUUUCACACUGCAGUCCACCAGGAGCAGACAGGGAGCCCUCCAUCUUCAGUCUGACACCAGCUGAUGGACAAAUACUGGUGAUGCACCAGGGCAGACUUGCAACAAGGGGAAACCUCCUUAAAUCAGAGAAAACUAUUCAGGCAAAGAUUACGGUUUUCCAAAAAGUCUCCUCGUGUAUCACUCCAUCUCCUGGAGGACGGCAGGAAGCGUUUCCUCUGCUAAGGGGCUCAAGUGUCGAGCUAAACUGAUCCUGCUGCCCAACGUGACUUCAGUUAAUAUAUCAAAGAUGUGUUCAUAUUCUUCAUAUUAUUAACAGCUCUGGUAUCUAGAACUGCACCUAUGCACUAAUACCAAAGUAAUCACUGUUGCUGUAAAAUCCUGCAUAUUUGAAAUCGCCAAUUAGCUGCCAAAUCUGUUACUACGACACGAGAAGUUUAAUGUGUGACAGGACUAUUUUUUAUUUUUCCCCACACAAUUCAUCAGUUUAGUUUUAAGUGUGAGAAUGCAGGCAGAUGCAGCAACUCUCAUCGAUGUUUUAAAGGAGUAAGCCAAGAAAUGAUGAUAAUGUAUACUAUGGUACAAUUAUAUAUUUAUUUGGAAGACCACACUCCCUUUUCGGCACCUUUCACUUUGAUUAGUAAGUCCUCGACCUGUGGUCACUAAACUGCACACUCGCUUAUCUGUGGCUUUAGGUGUGUUCGAUUUAUAUUUGUCUUGUUUACACUCAAUAACACAAAUCUGUGCAAAAUCA